GUGUUUUCAUUUUCAGUAACUAGAAUUAAAUUCCAUCAACAAUCAUCAGAAUGUUUUGAAGUUGCAUGCCCAGAAAACUGGAUUGGUUUCCAAAGAAAGCGUUUCUAUUUUUCUUAUGAUAUGAAGAAUUAGACAUUCAGCAAGAGAUUUUGUGACUCACUAGAUGCUGAUCUGGUUCAGGUUGAAACCAUCCAGGAACUGGUAAGAAAAUAGUUCUGGCUAGAAUUUAAAAAAAAAAAUUGAUCCUACCAAAACAUGGUGUCAUUUUGUGUGAGUGGGUCUAAGAUAAGGUUUUGAACCUACCUAGACAUUAACUUUUCAGCAUAAAGAGAGAGGAAACCAGCAGGUGCUGUAUUCUAAAGUAGGUCAUCUACAAUUACCUUAACAUUCAUAGCAGUGCCUUCUUUGACUUAUGAGUAAGAACUGUGCAUAUAGGAAUGAGAAUAUUAGAGGUAGAAACAUAAUUUUAAAUUCAUAUGAAAUUAAUAACAUCACUUCAAAAUAAAUC